AAAGCGAAAGCGGGGCGGCUGGGGAGGCGGCCGGCGGCGGAGAGGGGCUGCGGCAGCGCGGCGGCGAGCGCGGAGCUGCGCGGGACCCGCCGCCCCGGGCACUUCCCAGCGAGCCCGUUCUGUCUCUUAAGCACAGAGCACACAGGAUGCUAAGCACGUGUGUAGCAUAAAGGUUUCAAUGGAUGUAACAAGUCCCCCGCUGUCUUUAAAAGAUAAUGGGUUUACUAUGACAAGCCCUGACACUUCGGACAAAUCAAAAGAGGACAUGGAAGGGCUCAGAGAUGAACUGAAGGAAUGGAAGGCAAGUUCUAUAAACCACAUGGAAUCAUGGAAUGAGCUGAAAGAUACUUGGAAGAAAAACCUAUUUCACUGUGAGGAACGAGUUGAAAAAGCUGAAAAAGAAAAAGCUGGCCUUCUCCUCUGUAAAUUAAGUGCUGUUGAAGAGUCUGUGAGAGCACAGGAGGAGCUGAUGAAGCUGAAGAACUUAAAAGAGAAACAGUAUAAGGACAUUGUUAUGUCUAGGGAAACCCGUGAGGGAGAACUCUAUGUUCUAAUCAAAGAAAACGCUGACCUGAAGAGAGAGAUUGAGAAGCUCAAAGAAGACCUUGCAAAACGAAGUUCGUGGCUCCUGUGGGAUGGUCAGAUUAAAAAAAAGGUAUCAGAAAUGAAACUGAAGUUCACUCACAUGGAAGACGUGAGGGAUUGUCUCGGUAUGAAUACUCAGUGUGUUUUUGAUGUAGCUACAAAAAUCCCAUUCAGGCUGAAUAAAAACCAGGCACUGCUGACUUUUGAAGAUGAAGAAGUUGCCCAGAGGCUGCUAACAAUGGGUAAGCAUACUGUGAACCUGGACAACAAAGUAUCAGAAGUGAGAGUGAAGCCUUUUACCCUUGAAAUGGGAAUCAAAUUUAAGCUCCAUGUCACAGUUUCUGGAAAGAAGAUCAACGUGUCUGAGGUACCUGAGCUACCCAUUCCUGAAGACUGGAUGAGAGACAAGUUAGAGCUGAAUUUCUACAAAUGUGAACAGGGAGGAGGAGGAGAAGUAGAAAAUGUCAGCUAUGACAAGCAGUCUAGGACAGCUGUUAUUACGUUCCUCAGACCUGGAGCAACCAGGAGCUUUGUGAGAUGCACUAAAUAUCCUUUCUCUGUAAAUGGAAGGUGCUGUAGGCUUUCUGUUUCUCCAAACACCACUGUAUACUUGGAAAAGUUUCAGCUCUACAGUGGGGUUUCUAAGAAGACCAUUCUGCUGAAAGUCAUGCCAGAGGUGGAAGAUGAUGAGGAAAGCCUGCAGGACAUGAUUGAAAUCCAUUUUCAAAAGCCUAGCAAUAGUGGUGGGGAAAUAGAGAAGAUCAAGUAUGUGUCGAAUGAAGCAACGUGGGUUUGUUUUGAGGAGGAUACUUAGAAGGGUGUAUAGGAAAUGAUGGAUGGGACUCCUGAAUGGCUGAGGCUUUGCCUCAUCAGGGACAUGGGGGGUUAUGUGCUCUAAGGGUCUGAAAUUGAUACUUGAAAAAGAGGAACUACCAAUUUGGGUAACAGCACAAGACUUAGCAUAGAGAUUCAGUAAAGCUCACUGCUUAGUGUCCCAAAGGUUCCUGAUUAAUGUUGUAGAAGCACUUGGAACCAGCACUUGCAACUUAGAAUCUGACAUUCUCUCUGCAAACUCAGAUUCUGUAGCUGCCUUGGAAAUUUUAGGUAGGUCACAUACUCGAGAGUGGGGUUAAUCUACUCCUUCUUCCACUUUGGUUAUAAAAGCCAUAUGUAAUCCCAACCAAAAGCAUCCCCACAGAGCUGCUUUUUAAAGUGCCUUAGCUGCAGAGGGUAGCUCUGACAGAGCUCCAGUCCUGCUGAGGCUGCUGUGUGCCACCCUAACUCAGGAACCUGGAAGCAGUUCUCCUGUAAUUCCAUGAAAUCCACAUGAUCAAAUUAGUGAUAAUUUAAAAAGGGAGAGUGCAAAGCCACCACGGAUUAACUCAAGAAGUAACCUGAGAAGAAACAACCACAGCAGCAGCAGUGCUUUUAGCUGUCCAAACUCCUGGGACCUGAUGCAAAUUCUGCUGAGCUUCUCAGUUAAUUGCUUAACUGCUUCAUUGUUUGUUCUAUGAUUACAUUUCUCCCCCUUUCUGUCCAUGAUUUUGCUUCCUUUAGAAUAUUACAGUUAAGAAGUGAUGUAAUUCUUUAGCUAACACAGAUUGCUUUGUGACAACGCUGGAGAAACAGUCUGCUGGUGAAUGCUGUGUCUGAGGUAUCUGUUCUGGUGUGUGUAGCUGGCCAGGCUGGCUCUGGGGGGUGUCACUUGCAGAAAGGCAUACACAAUUUAGGGCAAAUUGAUUUGUCCAGUGUGGUCAACUCUCCUCUUUUGCUUCCAGUCCUCAUUCUAAAAAGUCUUUGGAAUAGAAUGGAAGUGGAAAGUCAGAGAGGGAUUUCUUUUCCAAGGAGGAAUGUUUUCCUCUGUUCCUGCUCUGGUCCUUUUUAUUUGCCACCCUUGAGGGCUGAGAUGGUUUGGCAACAAUAAUAACUUCAAAGUGGUGUGUGUCUAACUUUGAAAAUAGCUUGUUCUCACAGUAUUUGACAUCUUGGCUGAAACCAGGGCAGAUACACGUGGCUGCAGCACCUCUUACUGUUUAGUGCAUGCAAAGGCAUGGAUGGACUGCCUGACACAAUUUUUUGUAGUAGUACUGGAGUGUUUAUGGAGAUUGCAUACUUUUGCAUUUUGCCUUAAGAUAUUGGUAAUUUCAGAUGCCUUAAAAAGAAAGGAGGGAAAAACCUGAUGAAGGAAUUUUAGCUGUACCUCACUGAUGAAUGCUGAGAAGAAAAUCCUUAAGGAAAAGGCUGAAGUUUAAAAUCCUUGAAAGAUAUCUCUGUGUGUUUGUGAGAGGCUGCAGGUUUUAAGUACACAAAAUCAAGAUGAGUUUUGAAGUAGCAUUUUAAGACAAUCAGUAUUUGUAUAUGUCUCUGUCUUCUCUCUGAUGUUUAUGCUGUUUAAAUUUUAAAGCGACAGCGGUGCCAUAUAAACGCUGGAAAACUCUUAACUAUCCAAAACAAGAAUAUGUGACAUUUCUAUUAUAUAUCAAUAUCCUUUCUUCUA